UCCAGCCAGAGAAGCAACUGCUGUUUGCUCGCUCACUAUUUGUUUGAGCUCGUGCAGCCCGCCGUCCUCGCUGUCGAAACUCAAAUUCAGGUUUUAAGCGGCUUCCGUACGCUGCCUGUCUUCGUCUGCUUUCAUUUUCGCUGCGUGGUCUUGGUUUGCGUGGUGCGGACGGAGACCGGAGGGCGUUUCUACUAAUUCAUUCACAAACGGCAACAAUGGCAGCGCAGGACUUUAAUUUCUUGCUCGCGACGGAUUCGUACAAGAUCACACACUACAAACAGUAUCCUCCAAAUGUCAGCAAAAUUUACUCCUACUUUGAAUGCAGGCAGAAGAAGGGCUCUCAGUUCAAUGAGGUGGUGUUCUUCGGUCUGCAGUAUUUGCUGAAGAAGUACCUCACAGGCCCAGUUGUGACCGAGGACAAGAUUCAGGAGGCCAAGCUGUUCUACCAGAUGCAUUUCAAACAGGCUGUGUUUGAUGAAGAGGGCUGGAGAAAAGUCCUAGAGAAACACAAUGGUCGUCUUCCUAUUCGCAUCAAAGCAGUUCCAGAGGGGAAGGUCGUACCAAGAGGCAACGUUCUGUUCACUGUGGAAAAUACAGAUCAGGAUUUCUACUGGCUCACCAACUACAUUGAGACCAUGCUGGUGCAGAUGUGGUAUCCCAUCACAGUAGCUACCGUAUCCAGAGAGUUUAAGAAGAUUCUGGCCAAACACCUGAAGGCUACUUCAGGGAGCCUGGAGGGCCUGGAGCUGAAGCUGCACGACUUCGGCUACAGAGGCGUCUCAUCCCAGGAGUCUGCAGCAUUGGGUGGAGCCGCUCACCUGGUUAAUUUCUGUGGUACAGACACGAUAGCCGGAGUAUUGAUGGCUCAGCGGUAUUACGGCUGUCCGAUGGCUGGCUUCUCCAUUCCAGCGGCUGAACACAGUACGAUCAUAUCCUGGGGGAAGAACAAGGAGAAGGAGGCCUUUGAGAGGAUCCUCGACCAGUUUCUGUCGGGACCGGUGUCGGUGGUCAGUGACAGUUACGACAUCUUCAAUGCCUGCAAACACAUCUGGGGAGAUAAGCUAAAGGAACGCGUGAUGGAGCGCAGUGAGGACUCCUGUCUGGUGAUCAGGCCUGAUUCUGGAGACCCAGCAGAGACUCUAAUUGAGGUCAUCAAGAUUUUAGGAGAGUGUUUUGGCUACAGUCUGAACUCAAUGGGAUACAAUGUUCUUCCAUCUUACCUGCGGAUCAUCCAAGGGGAUGGCAUUGACCUCAGCUCGGUAGAUCAGAUUCUUGCUAAACUGAGUGAUGAAGGCUGGAGUGCUGAGAAUGUUCUUUUUGGCUGUGGCAGCUCCUUGCUUCAGAAGCUAAACAGAGACACACUGAGCUGUGCAUUCAAGUGCAGCUAUGUAGAGACCAAUGGCAAAGGGAUGGAUGUGUGCAAGCAGCCAGUGACCGACCCGUCCAAGGGGUCGAAGCGGGGCCGGUUAUCGCUGAGGAGAAACUCGGACGGCUUCCUCGAGACAAUAGAGAGAGGAGCAGGCAAACCCGAGGAGGACCUCCUGGUGACAGUUUUUGAGAAUGGCAGCCUGCUGCAGGACUACUCUCUGGACGAGAUCAGGAAAAACGCUCUGCUUCAGGACGACGAGACAAACCCAAACCUGUACAACCACGAACAGGAGCUGCUUCACAACCACAUCAUCAGCAGCAUCCAUUAGAACACCCGGACAACUCGUAGGACUCACGGUACUCUGGGCACAACGGGGAGUGGAAGCACAUAGACUAGCAACUUUUUUAAAGCACCAACUACCAACUACAUGAUGAAACUCUUGAUUAGUCACUGCCAAGAGCCACCAACAACCCACCUCUGCAACCUUCAAAUCGGAGAGCCACAUCAUGGCUCUCUGAGUGUUCACAUGUUCACGUCCAUCUGCUUCCCUCACUCCCAUAAUUCUUGCACAAUCACCUGGUGUUCCAUUAUGCUGCAGCGGUGAACACAGCAGCGUUUUCUUGACACUAAACGUGACCAACUAAAGCUCAGGUUCAGGUAUAAGCUAAGUUACUCAUUUCCAAAAAUGUCUUGUGCUCCUAUUGAGUUCCACAUCAGAGACAAUAAACAAUAUAUCAGCUGCACACAGGAAACAUUUGCACUUGUUGUGCAUCAGCCGAUGUUCCAGUGAAGUUCGGUCCCGUCGCUCUCUGAUGGACGUUUAGAGAGCAGGAAAUUUAUGAACGACAAAGAGCCAUAAAAAAUUUAAAUAUCUGCCCUUUCCUACUGCAGUGUUACAGUAUUGUGUUGUAAUAUUUCCAUAUAUUCAUCAAUCUUUGAAAGCAAACGCAUCCUGUCACAAUUCAACACCGGAAUAUAAAUGUGAUUCUUAAAGCUGCUUUUUACCUCAACGUGCAUCUCGUUUUGCCAACUUCCACAUUUUGUGAACUUCAGUCUGUUUAUUUUGGCGUUCACGUGAAGUAAGAAGGUACUGAGUAUUUUUUUAAGAGCAGAAAAUAACUAUGAAAUACUACAAACAGUUGGAUCAUAACAGCAAUUUAUGUUCAUACCAUUAGGUAGGCAUGUACUUUGUAAUGUUGCUCUGUCCAGAAUCCCAAAGUAUAAUUAUUCUUAUUAUUCCAUAACAUUUAAAUUGUCAUAAGAAUGCAACAUGUUUUUUUUUUCUUCUUUUUUUUAUGUGGAGUGAAAUAUUUUUGAAAUGACAUCCAUUUCAGUCGUUUUCAGACAGCAGUGUUGUCUUCAGUCAGGCCCUCUUACCACCUGCUGGCUCUUAAAGGAACAGCGCUUUGCUGCGAAGAAACCCAUUGCAAUUAUGACGUUUUGUACCAAAAAGUACUGUGUACUCAGCAGCUUAUCAAGAGGGAAACUGAACUCUGUGUAAGAACAAUAACACAGCUACUUCUGUCACAGCCUUAUUAAUACAUACUUAACAUUGAGCUUAAUUAGAAAGCCAUGCUACUGUAAGCUGUUUAGAUUAGAAACAUGUUUUUAUUGACAAACUGGGAUGUUACAAAGUGCUUUUAAUAAUCUUGCACAGCUCAAUAUCAUGGCUGUACUUUUUAAUUGUAUAAAAUUAUAUUUAUUUGACAGUAUUUUUGAAAAUAAGUAGCGUCUGGUUUUCUGAUUAAAAAUGUCUGAUUCACAUCCAUACAACAAACUUGUGUUAAACAUCUGGCUUCCUGUUUUCUCAUCCUAUAAUGUUGUCAGUUUGUCAUUGAUUGUACAUUCUGAUUCCAUGUUCAAUAGAACUGCAAUAGUUUUGA